CUGAAGUAAACACAAGACCAUUGGCUGCUCCGAGUCCCUCGAGCGCUGUAAUGAAUAUGUAAACAUCGCUUCCCAAGUUUCUUGGACUAACGGUGCCAUCGGACAGCAUUAUCCACGUGUCUGGAGUGUUUAAUUUCAUUUAAUUAGCCAAUCUUUAAGAGGUUAAAGUGUCUAACUGACUGCCAGCGCUUAAUUUGAAACGCAAAGUGUGGAUUGAUGGAGACGUCUUUGAAACACUGAGAGCGGGAACAGCAUUGUGUUUAAAUCCUCCAGCAACCGAGUCUGCGAGCGUGUAUCUGAACGGAGAACAUUGUAGCGGAGUUGCUGUUUGCCGGCUUUUCUUUGUGUUGCUCUUCUCCAAGCAUGCUUGGAUCUCACAGCGCAGGAGCAGUUUGAACAUCGCCAACCCUUCUUCAACAUCCCAAAACUAUGGCCAGCGAUCACUGCUCAUAGAAGAGGAUUACUAAAACUCCUCAAAACACCCUUUACCUUUUCUCUGCCUCACUUGAGCUGCAAAAAACGUGUUGUUCUCCGCGUCCCUCUCAUUCUCCGCGCCUGGAUUGUUGAAGGACAAGUAAGAGAAAAAUUGCGCCCUUUUCAUAUGAGCAGCGCUUCGCCGAGAGGAAACAUGGAUGUAUUUUAUCCGUCUGCCGGAGGGAAUUCUAUUCCUGGGGAUCCACAGAACCUGGAUUUUUCCCACUGUCUGGGAUACUACAACUACAACAAGUUUGCGAAUAACAACAACUACAUGAACAUGGCUGAUGCCAACGGAGCUCUGCUAGCGGGAGGAGAUACAUUUCAUACUCCAAGUCUGGGUGACGAGGAGUUUGAAAUACCCCCCAUCACCCCUCCUCCAGAGACUGACCCUGGUAUGGGCCUUCAGGACGUGGGCUCACCUUACCCUGGGCUACCUGACCAUCCUAACCCUCAUCGGGGGUCUUUCACCCCGCAGUUCCCACCCCAGAGCCUGGAGCUGCCCUCCAUCACCAUCUCCAGAAAUAUGAUGGAGCAUGAAGGGCAAAUCAACAAUGGACAUUCAGGGGUUGUUGGCCAGACACACCUCCGUCAGUAUCCUCCAAACCCCACUAUGGUGAUGCGCUCCAUCAUUAGCAUGCACAACCCCAAUGGCAUGAUGUCUCAAAACCAGCUUACCACGAUCAACCAGUCCCAGAUCAACGCACAGCUGGGGCUGAAUAUGACUGGAUCAAACAUUGCUCACACAUCCCCAUCUCCACCUGCAAGCAAAUCUGCUACACCUUCACCCUCCAGCUCUAUCAAUGAAGAUGAUCAGGAGGAAGGAAACAGGGUGAUUGGUGAAAAGCGUCCCGCCCCUGAUGCCGGAAAGAAGCCGAAGACGCCCAAGAAAAAGAAGAAGAAGGAUCCCAAUGAGCCCCAAAAGCCAGUGUCUGCAUACGCCCUGUUUUUCAGAGACACCCAGGCAGCCAUUAAAGGCCAGAACCCCAACGCCACAUUCGGAGAGGUGUCCAAGAUAGUAGCCUCCAUGUGGGAUGGACUGGGAGAAGAGCAGAAGCAGGUUUACAAAAGCAAAACAGAAGCGGCAAAGAAAGAGUACCUGAAAGCUCUCGCAGCAUACCGUGCUAGCCUUGUGUCAAAGGCGGCCGCAGAGUCAGCGGAGGCCCAGACCAUCCGCUCGGUGCAGCAGACUCUGGCUUCCACCAGCCUCUCGCCAGCGCUCGUGCUGCCGUCUCCUCUGUCCCAGCACCCCUCCAUGUCUGCAGCUGCACAGGCACUUCAGCAGGCCCUGCCUCGAGCCAUCGCCCCAAAACCUCUGCAAAUGCGUGUCGGCGGCAGCCAGAUUGUCACCUCGGUCACGGUAGCUCACCAGAACAUGACGCCCGGCAGCGUGCAGUCGCAGCUGUUGGGGCAGAUGGGUCCGCAGUCGAGCGUGUCGUCACAAUUGAGUCCGCCAAUGCAGCCCCGGCAUUCAUCCAUGCAGCAGCAGAUGCAGCAGCAGCAUCAGAUGCAGCAGCAUUUGCAGCACCACCAAAUGCAGCAACAGCAAAUGCACCACCAGCAGAUUCAGCAGCAAAUGCAGCAGCAGCAUUUCCAGCAUCACCUGCAGCAGCAGCUUCAGCAGCACCACAUGCAGCAGCAGCAGCAGCAACACCAACAGAUGCAGCAGCAGCAGAUGCAGAUGCAGCACAUGCAGCAGAUGCAGCAAAUGCAUCAGCAUCAAAUGCAGCAGCAGCAUCUCCCGCAGUCGCAGUGUUCACCCGUGCAGCAUUCGCCCGGUACGCCACAUUCAGCUUCUCUCGGCAGCCCGCCGCCCCCUCCAGCGCCUCAGCAGCACCCCUCACAGGUACAGGCUCACGCACAGGUCCUGUCGCAAGUCAGCAUCUACUGAACCAAACGCCCUCAGAAAAGGAAGAUGGAAUUUAUCGAAAAGCAUCAAGCUUUUUUUAAGUUGCACUUAAGAAGUGUGUGAGAAAUAUGAAUGUUUUACAAAGAACUGUCCUUUGUUCUAGAUGGAUAUAAGAUAUGUGUUAAAGGACAAAGCAUCUUAGCUGGAUUUCUUGUCUAUAAGAUAGACUGAGCUACCGGGAGGUCUGUUCAUAGACUUGAGCACCCAGUAGUCAUUUGUAUGUAUAUUUAGUUCAUUUGGUUUUUCUCUCUCUAUCUCUCUCUCUCUCUCUGUUGUGGAGAUUAAACUCUAUCAGAGCAUGAUGACGUGGAAAGUCCGACGGUUUUAUUUAACAGCUUUAUUUAUGAGGUUGGAUUCACUCUUACCACUGGAAUGAGGAAUUCAGGAAGAAAGCGGCGUAAGGUGAACUGAACACUAAACUGGUCGUCAGAGACAUGCUGAAUGGCUCUUGCACUGUCCGACUGGUAAUUUUGCGAAGUCUACUUUCUCCCUUUUUUUGUCAUCCUGUCAAUGAACUGUUUAACAGUCACUGUCGGGAAGCUCUCAAUCAAAUCAUUCUGCUUUUAGAAACCAAGUGGUGUUUGACACAUCUCAUGCCGUGUUUUCAAACAGGAAAUCUCAAAACAUGUAAAAGACUUGGACUAUUGACACGCGUCCAUCGAUCAUUUCUGUCAUCCUCCUAUCUGUGACCUGCUGUAUGUGUUAUUCUGAGGAAAGAGGACUUGUUGUCCUCUGGCCAAAGCCCUCAAACGGCGCACUCACUCCAACAUAUGUAGUAACAGCGCUCCAAAAAUCAUUCUUCUCUGUAAUUAUCUUUACCUCAGAAGUUUUAUUGAAUAAGUUAUGUUUUUGAGUUAUUUUCUUUCAUGUAAUGAGAACAUUUUAUUGGGGAGAACAGACUAAAUUACUGAUGUUAGUCUGUUGGUUUACUGAUUGUUUUAUAAUGCCCUACAUUUCACAACAAGGACAGUUUAACAGGAAUCUUAUCAGAUGUUUUUUUUUUUUUGGCUAUCAUAGAAGGACAUGGAAGUAUUUUGUGCCAGCUGUAAAAGAAUCUGUGGUAAGAUAAAAGAAAAUGAAGUUGUACAUUUUUCAUACCUCUUGUUGUAAAGUUUUAAUAUGUGAGGCUUUAAACGCAGAUGUUGGCAAGCUGACCUGUCACCUGCUUUAUCUCAUAGUGCUCUUUUCUACUUUUUUAUGAGUUACAGUAGCAGCAAAUCAUUUGUUUGUAUUUUUGCUUACAUUUCAGAAAUUAAUUGCUUUAAAAAAAAAACUGACAGUAAAAUAAAUAAAUCCGGCUCAUGUCAGUCGGAAACUCCACCUGUUUUUAAACAUCAUGAAUGUCGUUUUUUAAGUUUUUAUGUUUGCCAUCCAAAAACCCAUUAAAAAAGGCAUUCCAUCGUCAAUAUGAUACUAGCCAUAAUUUUGUAUUAUAUUUCUCUGUGUCUCUCUCUCUGUUUGCAAUUAAAAUUAUCAAAAAUAUUUAUUUCAAGGAACUGAUUCAUUUCAAAGAUUAUAUUAGCCAUACUUUUGUACAAAA